AUGGCCCAACAAUACCAACCUCCAAUUCCGACCCUGCCCGGGAACAUCCAAGCCCUCCUUCACCCUUCUCCUACGCUCAUCUGUGACUCGCUACCAGACUAUCUGACGAAUAGUAUGAUCCAUGUCCUCAGGGAUUCUAGCCGACACGCGACGAAACGGCGGAGAGGGUUCGAGAAGGAGCUAAGGGAUGCUGGACUCGACCUAGAUGCCCCUGGACCUUCCAAUCGGCGGAAAGGGACAGAUGAGGCGGCUGAGAAAAGGAGAGAAGAGGAAGAGGAGGAGAAAGAGGUGGAACAGGGGCUGAAGGAGAGGCUGGAAGCUAUCGGACGGGUCGUCGGCGCUCAAAUUACUGAACAGAUCUCGGUACAUCGUCCACCGCCGCCGACCCACCUCGAGAUGGUCAAAUUCAUCUGUAAAGAACUGUUCCUUUACGUAUACGCCAAACAGAUCGACAACCUGCGGACAAAUCAUCGGGGGACAUUCGUAUUACAAGCAAACGCACUUCCACCCUUGAUCCCACUCUCAACGGUAGCGGGCCCUGCAGCCGACCUGGAGAACACAAAGAUCUAUCUGGCAUACCCUGCAGCCAUGAUCCAGGGAGCUUUGGCGAAAUUAGGGUUGAACGCGACGGUCACUGCGGAAAGUAGUGGGUUACCGCAAUGUCAGUCUCAUUCUCCCCUCUCCUGA